AUGUCCCCCACAAGCAUGCAACACCCCCCACAUCAGAUACCCGACGACCAAUUGAGGAGGGACUCCUUCCUCUUCUACCACCCGGAAUGCGAGACCCUGGCCAGGGAGGUUGCGGAAGUCAGCAACGGCAACGUCCAGCUGGGCCGGAUCACGUGGAAGCGCUUCCAGGACGGGUUCCCAAAGCUUCUAGUGGACGAUGCGGAGCGCAUCCGGAACCGCCACGUCUCUUUCCUGGCCACCUUCCACGACCCUGGCGUGAUCUUUGAGCAGUUGUCCAUCAUCUACCACCUCCCCCGCCUCUUCGUGGCCUCCUUCACCCUCGUGCUCCCCUUCUUCUCCACCGGCACGGCUGAGAGGGUGGAGGUGGAGGGUGACGUGGCAACGGCGUACACACUGGCCCGCAUGAUCAGCAACAUUCCGCUGGCCAGGGGCGGCCCCGCAUCGGUCGUCAUCUUUGACAUUCAUGCCCUGCAGGAGCGCUUCUACUUUGGGGACGGAGUCCUGCCGCUCUUUGAGAGUGGGAUACCGCUCCUCAGGAGACGACUGGUGCAGCUUCCCGACCAUGACAACAUCACGAUUGCCUACCCAGACGAGGGCGCAUGGAAACGCUUCCACUUCCAGCUCGCAGACUACCCAGAGGUCGUCUGUACCAAGGUCAGGGAUGGCGAUGCCCGGAUGGUGCAGCUGAAGGAGGGCUCGCCUCAAGGGCGCCAUGUGGUCAUUGUGGACGACCUGGUGCAGUCGGGCGGGACGCUGCUCGAGUGUCAACGCCUCUUGGCCAGCCAAGGAGCGCUCGCCGUGUCCGCCUAUGCCACGCACGGCGUGUUUCCCAAGGGCACUUGGUCCAGGUUCCUGCCUGGAUCCCAGGAGGGUUCGCCAGGGUUCAGGUAUGUGUGGAUCACCGACUCCUGUCCAGACACAGUGACGGCUGUCCAAGAUCGCGAGCCAUUUGAGAUCUUGUCCCUUGCGCGGCCCAUUGCUGCAGCACUCCAACUGGCUGACAAUCAGAAACACUUGCCCACCUACCUCUUCUACUACCCCGACUGCGAGCCUCUCGCUCGGCGCAUCGUCGAGGCCAGCCAAGGACAAGUGCAGCUAGGAAACAUCCGAUGGGGGCACUUUGCAGACUCAUUCCCCGAUGUUUUUGUGACGGACGCACCCAAGAUCCGAAACCGGCAUGUGGCCUUCCUUGCCUCGUUCCACAACCCAGGCGUGAUCCUGGAGCAGAAGGGCGUGAUCGACACUCUGCUGGACCAAUUUCUGGCCUCCUUCACCAUCAUUCUUCCGUACUUUCCCACCGGCACCUCUGAGCGGGUGGAGAACCCGGGGGACGUGGCCACUGCCUCCACGCUGGCGGGCAUCGUGUCGGACGUGAAGAUGUCGAGGUGCGGGCGCUCCCCGCUCAUCAUCUUUGACAUCCACGCCCUGCAAGAACGCUUCUACUUUGGCCAGAACGUGCUGCCCCUGCUGGAGAGCGGAGUGCCGCUACUCAGGCAACGGCUGAAGCAGCUGCCCAGCCAGGACGACAUCACCAUCGCGUACCCCGACGAGGGCGCAUGGAAGCGCUUCCACUUCCAGUUUGGCGACUACCAGGAGGUCAUCUGCACCAAGGUUCGCGACGGAAACAAGCGCAUCGUGCAGCUGAAGGAGGGCCGUCCCGCGGGGCGCCACGUCAUCAUCGUGGACGACCUGGUGCAGUCAGGCGGCACCCUGCUGGAGUGCCAGCGCCUGCUGACCUCCAUGGGUGCCAGCGCCGUGUCGGCCUACGUGACGCAUGGCGUCUUCCCUCGCGAGUCAUGGCGCAAGUUCCAGGCGGCGCCCGGCUCCGACGCCGCGGCCCCCUUCAAGUACUUUUGGAUCACAGACUCCUGCCCCAAGACCUGCCAGGCGGUGGAGAACCAGGCGCCCUUUGAGAUCCUGUCCCUCGCCACCCCCAUCGCUGCCGCCCUGCAGCUGUGA